GAGAGGAGAUCGAGCGUGAUGUUGGAGGUCGCCUGAUGAUCCACGACAUAAGCUUCGUUUCAUUACGUCCUCGGUUGUGUCACGAUGGUCGCACAUGCGUUCCUGUUCGCGUCCUUCCUGAAGCCAGUUCGAACUUCGAUGAUAGGCGUACGGGGAAUUGUACUCCUCGAGGAAUCAUGGCCCCACAGGGUCAUAGGAAAGUGAAGGCCAACGUGCCAUCAUUCGAAAAAACCAGUCACACACAUUUGUGUCGCAAAAAUGGUACAUAAUGACAAACGCUUGGGAAUUAUGGACAAUAUGCUGGAGUGCAGGCACCAACAAAAUGAGAGGAAUGCUCAAAGAAACGUCAUGACGAGCA